AGUAAUCAAGCCUUAUUCGCAAUUUCAAACCGAAGAUGAAAUUCUUCUUCUACCAGCUACACAAUUUCAAGUUAUUGGGAAACUGAAUCCAGCUCCCAAUUUGCAUAUUAUUCAAUUACAAGAAAUAAAAGGAAAAUACCCAUUACUUGAAUCACCGUUUGCCACUACUACAAUACCGUCGCCACCACCAAUACCACCAGCAUUGAUUAAUCAAAUUAAAAACGAUCCCUCUGACGAUCCCUCCUUAGCAUCACCAUCAAAAUCGUCAUCAACUCUACUAAAAGUAAAUUCAACAGGAAGUAUUGAAUCGGUUUUUUAUGAAGAACCAAAAAAUAUUUUGAAUAAUUUCUAUCCAGCAAUCAGUUCGCCGAAACAAAUGUCUGGUAAUAAUAACGAACAAUUCCCACCACAUUUCACACAUAGCUCAAAUUCUAAUGAACAUCGAAAACAUCAACAUAACUCUGAUCUACGACAACAACCAAAAAAUAUUUUGAAUGAACCCUAUUCAACUAACAAAGAUCAGUCAACGAAACAAAAUAUCAGUUCUAAUAACUAUUCUAGUGAACCGACGUUAUAUGUAAGACAACAACAUUUGCCAAGCAGUCCAGUUCAAAAUUCAGCCCGUUAUCAGAAUACUAACAACAGGGUGUUUUAUGCCGGUGACCUGAAAAAUGUCCCAAACGUACAACUAUCACGAAACGACAACCGUCAACCCCCACCACAUCUCAAAGAUCUCUCAACUUAUAAUGAACACCUAAAUCAUCAAUAUAACUAUGAUCUACCAAAACAACGAAAAACUUUACUUCACCGUCUGUUCCACAGUAAGAAAAACUACUGAAUCCAAAUUGUUAAAUUAAUUUUCACACAUUUCAUUUCUGUUAGCGUUGAAUGUCAUUCGUUCAUAUUUUUGAAAUUUUGUUUUCUUGAAUUAUUUUAAAGUUAAAGCAUAAUUUUACUUUAAAAAGAUUCAGUUUUAUGAUUGCAUUCGAUCUAAACAAUAUUCACAAUGUAAGCCCUUCAUCUAAUAUAGAAUGAGCUCGAUCAACUGAACUGAUAAAAAACUGAAAGUUUCAAUAUUUUAAAGCAACGCUAAAAUUUCUGAUAAAAUUGGUUUUUUCAGCGUUCUUUUCAACUAGAUGGGGAAGAUCAGGCUACAUCAAACUUCCAAUGCCCUACAUGAACCCUC